CACAUCCUUCAUUGGCGAGCAGUUCAGAGUAAAGGGGGGAGAGAGGCAAGCUGUAAGAGCGAACAGAUGUGAACAGGACUACGAAAAGAGAACAAGCCGUGGUAAAGACGAAGAGCCAGUGACUCUGCUAAUAUGUGGCAACCCGCGUCGGAGCGACUGCAGCACUUUCAGACAAUGCUGAAAACCAAGCUAAAUGUGCUGACGUUGAGGAAGGAGCCUUUGCCCACAGUGAUCUUUCAUGAACCCGAGGCCAUCGAGCUCUGCUCUACCACACCGCUUGCAAAGAGCAGGACCAAUGCUGGAUACAAGGUGACCUACCUGGGCAAGGUGACAAUCUCUGGGACCCAGUUCUUGUCUGGGUGCACAGAGUCGGCAGUGGUGGGUCUGGUAGAGCGGCGUGCUCUAUCUCAGCAGCAAGGUACCUGCCCCACAAGCCACUCUCUGCUGGAGAUCCGGCCCUUCCAGGUGCGUCUCCACCACUUGGAUGAGCGUGGCGAAGCCUCAGUAACCAUGGACACCUACCAGGUGGCGCGAAUCGCCUACUGCACAGCUGACCACAGCAUCAGAUCCAAUGUAUUUGCCUGGAUCUACCGGGAGAUCAAUGACGACCUAUCCUUCCAGAUGGACUGCCAUGCUGUGGAGUGCGAGAGCAAGCUGGAGGCCAAGAAGCUGGCACACUCGAUGAUGGAGGCUUUCCGCAAGACUUUCCACAGCAUGCGUAGCGAUGGCCGCAUCCACAAGAGUGGCUCAACAGAUGACUUUGCUGAGGACUCAUCCACGCCUGAUGAUUCUACCCCAGACGAUGGCUGAACUGAAACUCACUUCCCCAUCUUAACAAAUCGACGGGUGACUGGAAGGACUGAUUACCAGAUUACCUGCUCUCUUUCAUUCUCCUCUACUUUCUCUUUCUGUUAUCAGUUUGGUACCUAAUCAACUGACUCUAUGAACUAAUAGAUGCCCAGGAUAAUGAAGUAGCUUAACAAUAGUGUAAAGUGAAGGUAGACGACACAAUUUUCAAGAUCAACAUUUAUAUACGGGGUGGAAAAGUGUUACCACUUUGAGUAAAUGUCCCUCACAGACCCUCCUGGGGAUUCAAGCUCCUCUGUAAUUGCCCUCAAGAGAUUCACCCAUCAUUUUCAUUCCAACCACUGUUACUCCUUCACCUAUCAGAAACUCUGAUUAUGGUUCCUAAGCUUUUUCAUCAAGGAAACUAAUCCCUGUUCAUUUAACCCCAGCUGAUAUUAAAUGAUUGCUCCUCUUGCCAUGUAUAAACCCAGCAGAAAUAUGCCUAUGACCUUUUUCAGGUCCAAACCCAGAGUUUAUGAGACUGUUAAAGCACAUAAAUUCUUUGUUUCAUUAUGUGGAUCUCUUUUACAAUGCCUUUAGCCUUGAUUGAAGCACUACUCUUCACUAUGGUACCUUAUUUAAGCCCAAGAAUGAUUCACCGAGUUUGGAUGAUAGAGCUCCAACCUCUAUCUCCAUUUUGUAGGUACAGAAAGAUUCAGAGUAUGUGUAAGGCACCUGUGAGAAUAUAGGCGCUAAAUAGGCCACAUUUUAGAAGUUCUCACCAGACUGGAAGCCUGGGCCUGUCUGAGACACCCUCAUCAUCCACAUCUGGCUUCUUUUUUAAGUAUACCAAAAUCCAGGCUUAGUUUUUUGCCUGUUAGUUUAUGUGCCUCACUUUCCUCUUGCAUCUCAGCGUUUCCACGUUGACAUGUGUGCUUUUAUGUUUUUCUCUGUGUGGAAGUGUUAUUGCUUUCUCCUGUACUAUGUGUAUAUGGAUAUACAUCUGAAUGCUAGCAGAUCGGUGUGGUAAGGAGAAAAGGAGGAGCAAAAUCAGGAGAAAUAAUGUGUGAUUAGCUGGAAGUUAAUGCUAACGCUUAAGGUGACAUCAUGGAAUCAGACAUGGUACAGUACUGUGACCAUUUGUCAUGUUUUUUUUUUAUUUUUAUUUUUAUCUCAUAUGAAAUUAAAAAAGUAUUACUCAGAAUGUGCCAGCCGCUGAUGUGGUGGAACCAUAAAUCACAGCCACUACAGUAAACAACUCACACCUCCUGGCCCGUGCUGAAUGUAUGAGUCCGACGUACUGUGAGCGCCUAACGUCACGUCUGGUCAUAAUCUCCUCAUGCUAUCACAGGCAGCCGAAGGGAGCGACUCUGCCCCCCGAAGCAGUGAGAUGUUAUUUUCUGCUGCCAAUUAAUCGCUGCAACUGAGGAACCGAGGCACACUCCUGUCUGACCAGACUGGACGCCAGCAGUGGAAGCUGCCUUUGGUUAGACGCAAUGAUCACGUGCUCUGAUCAGCAAGCACGCACGCACGCAUAUACAAACAUACAUACAACUACUAUACAUACUGUACGUACACAAAUUGUAUUUGAAUCAUGUUUAAUAAGCUUAUGUAAAUACAAAUGUAUCACUUUCCAAAUAUUACAGCAUAAAUGUUGAUAGAUAUUUUAAAUAAUAAAAUGUUGAGAACCAUCCUAUGAUACCGAAACAGUAUAAUGAAGCCUACUGUGAACUACGAAGGGAGAGCCUGAUAGCGGUGGCUGCGUAUGUGAGUGUAUGUGAGUGUGGGAGUGUUUGGCGAGGAGGAAUGUUUGUAAAAGUGUAGAUUACUGUGCCAUGUCUUUCUGACAGCUCAGACACGCUUUAAAUGUUCAGAAAAACAUUGUUACCAUAAGUGUUUUCUAUACAGUGUUUGCAAAGAUCAAAACACUGUUGCAUAUAAAGUAUUUACAAAGACCAAGAUGGUGUGGUCUGUUUUGUCUCAAACCCACAUCACAGCUCUCCUCCUUCAUGUAUUUCCCCACAUUCAACCAGUUCAGGGCUAAAAGAGGUUUUUAUUCUGCUGGAUUUUAACUGAAUGGAUUCCCGCUGCGGCCUCGUGUGGGAGGAUAAACACCGGGCAUGUUCAGUUUCACAGCAAACAGGAUGGUUCAGACACAUGAUGUUCUGACAAGGUGCCAGCACAGAUGUAAAACAUAACCUCACUGUCUGCUCAUCCAUCCAUACAUGGCACACACUGGAAUGUGAGAUUCCCAAAAUUCCCAAGUUAUAAAAUCUGUUUUUGGGCAUCAUGUAGCUCCACCUCCAACAGCAACCUUUUCAUUCUAAGACAAACUGACUCAUAAUCAGGUUUGACCAUCUCACCCUUCUGGUACGAUCAGUCACAUGUGGUCACAGAACCAGGAAAAAAAAAACCCCAAAACCUCAUAAACACAAUUUUAUGGUAUUU